AGAUAAACCACCAACGCCAUGACAAUGCUGGAUGCGCCGCUUGAGGUCGUGUUGUACUACCGCUACGUCCACAUCUCGGACGUUGGCGCAUUGAUUGCGUCGCAAGAACACCUGUGUCAAGCAUUAGGGCUCCAAGGCCGCGUGCGCAUCUCGGAAGAAGGCAUCAACGGCACGCUGGGCGGAGCGCCUGCGUCGAUCCAAGGCUACGUCGACGCGAUGGAGUCGUCUCCCGAGUUCUCCGGUCUCAAUAUCGACUGGAAGCGAAGCGAUGGAAUGGGCACGAUGCCGUUUCACGACCUCCUCGUUCGUCGCGUCAAGGAGAUCGUGUCGAUCGAACUCCCGGACGAAGCAUGCAACGUCGCCAACACGGGCAUUCACUUGUCCCCGGAAGACUUUCACGCGGCGCUACAAGACGCAACGCCAUCCACAACAGCCAUCAUUGACGUCCGCAACAACUACGAAUACAACAUCGGCCACUUCCAUUCGGCCUUGAAUCCAUCGACGCGGCGAUUCGGGCAGUUUCCGCACUGGGUUCGUGAUAACCUGGACGAUCUCUCGACGAAAAAUCGCAUCCUCAUGUAUUGCACGGGCGGGAUUCGAUGCGAGAAAGCGUCGGCCUACCUCAAACACCUCGGCCUCUCGAACGUGUAUCAGCUCAAGGGCGGGAUCCAUCGGUACUUGGAAGCGUUUCCGGACGGCGGCGCAUUUCUCGGCAAGAACUUUGUCUUUGAUCACCGGGUUGCAGUCGCAUCAUCCAAUGACGCGGUCGUCGGGCGCUGCGAAAGCUGCGGCAGCGCCCACGACGACAUUACUGGGAUUCGGUGCUCGUACUGCCGCAUGCACGUCAUGCUGUGCAGCGCGUGCGGUGAACAACCUUCGUCAAAGGCGGCGACGCGGGUGUUCUGCAGCGAGCACAAAUGGCUCGGCGAAGGAAAUGCUGCCGAAUUGACUGCCAAGAUCGCUGCGUUGGAACGGCAACUAAAGGAGCAUGCCGGGCCGAAUGGCAAAGGCCGCCGUCGAUCCAUACGAAAGCAGGUGGACGCGAUCGAGGAAACGCUGGCGGGAUUGCAGCAGCGUUCUCGUCCGUGGACUACAUUGACGUAAACAUGUAUUCAACUCAUGCAUUCAAA